AUGGCGGGCACUUGCACUUCAAUUAGGCCUCGCCUAAUUGGCUCUUCAUCGAUUGUUGAGCUUUCCAGGUUGAUUAAUCGAGCCGGAGUUCCUUUCUCUGUGCGAAUCUCCACCAGAAGGUCCAGAACCCAAGGCCACGGAGGUGGUUUCACAGCGCCGACUUCACGGGAGGAAGGUCCUUCUUGUAUCUUCGUCGGCCCGAUUGAUUCCGCCCGCAAAGAAACUCUAGAAGCUCUUUAUCGCCAAGCGAGGGAUGCGUAUUACAAUGGCAAGCCUUUGAUAGUUGAUGACAUGUUUGACAGAGUUGAGCUGAAGCUUCGUUGGUAUGGUUCAAAAUCCGUUGUCAAGUACCCUCGUUGCAGCCUCCUGCGACAGUCAACGUAUGCUGAUGCGGAGAAUGAUGCAUCCCAAGUUCUCCUGUUAGCUACCAUAUGGAUCUUGAUACUCUUAUUUGGUAGCUCGGCAUGCGUGGUGCCCUCGAUGUAUGGCCUCGGGUUAGUCUAUGGAGGAGAUCCGUUUGACUCAGGGCUUGUCUAUAGCGGCCAGUUGACAACUUCUGUGCCUCUUUUGUCAAAGUUCAAUGGCGUCCUCCUCACCGUGUUAGGUCCUGCUUUUGGAUAUCCGAUUGCAUCCUCUGCAGUGAGAGUGCUUAAAGGGUUGUGGAGAAAUGACUUAACAGCUCUAAAAGGAAACUGCCCACAUUGCGGGGAAGAGGUUUUCGCGUUUGUGGGAUCCGAUCAAUCAAACCGAUCAGCUCACAAAGCUGACUGUCACGUCUGUGAAUGCACCUUGGAGUUCCGUACCAAAGUUGAGAAAUCUGCGUCACCAUUGGGUAGAAAAUGGGUUUACGGCAGGAUAUACCUUGUUUCACGGCCAAGGAGAGAUCGGCGUUCAAAGUUUACAUAA